GAGAGGAGACACAGCACUGUUUCACACGCUUCCACCGCAAUGUUUUUCUCCGAAGUUGUCCAGAGAUGGGCGAAACGCGAAUGCAAACGCGGCCGGUGGGGGCAAGACCGCCCUGGGAGGGUGAAGAGAACGAACGGCGCGGAGGACUUCAACGGCCGGCAGCAUUGAACGGAUUCGACGUCGACGCCGUUCUGCUCGUCCGCAUCGACUCCUGUCAUCAGUUGACUUUGCCGCGGGAUUGGAAGGCGGCUGCAUGCAAGCGCUCCAAAGUAAAAAAGACAAACGCUCUUCCUUGGAGUCGACGCACGGUCGAGGCUCCGCAGACCGGAGAGGAGGCAGAGGUCGAGAGUCCUCGAAGAAAGGAGGAAAAGGAAAGGACGAACGGGAGAGCCACAGACAGCGAGGGCAGAGGAACGACUCACACCGAGGGGAAGGGAGAGGGGAAGGGAUGCGCAGACGGAGAGAAAAAGCGAAGAAGGAAGGAAAGAGGGAGAAGGAGACAGGAAGAGCGCAGACAGCGACGGCAGACGACGGGUGGAGGCAGCCAGAAGCCGCAAAAUCGCUAGGAAGCACAAGUGAGAUGGAAAAGAGGCUCUCGACAGAUUUCGUGGACCUCGAAAGACUGAAGAAAAGAAGAAACAGGCGACAAGACACCCGGGAAGAAGGGAGGGAGACGGCGGCCGGCGCAGUGUCGCGC